GGACCGAUACAAGCUCAACUAUAUACAAGGGCACGCACAUAUCUCGACUCCACACACAGCGACAUUCCGCGGGCCGGUGUCUAUACAGGCCUUUGUUUGGAAGUUCCUGCAGCAGCUUUUGCAUAACACACAUAGUAAAUCAUACUUAUACCUGGUGCUGCGGGAGUCGGUCUCGAAGUCGGGACCAAGCCUUCACAGCGCUCUUGCCCAAGCUAGAUGGCUCCUAAAAAGAAGGGUGGAGGCAAGAAAAAGAAGAAGGAUGAUGGAGCCGAGCCGCCUCACGAUGGGAGCUGGGAGCGGGCGGUGGAGAGCGGGACGUGGGAGAAGCCGGUGACAGACCUGCCAGAUGCAAACACCUGGCCAACCUGGGGAGCGUUGCGGGAACGUGUGCUCACGGCGUGUAGAGAGAUUAAGAUCAACAACACCGCCUCGCUGCGCGAUGCCUUCGCCAACGAGCUGGUGAAGCUGUCGCCGCCGGAGCUGACGCUGAUCGACCUGCGCGGCUCCUCCAACCUGCACAACUUCAACCUGUCGCCCAUGACCACCUGCCCCAAGCUCACGGACCUGGACCUGUCCGAGUGCGCGGGGCUGGACUACGUGCUGCUGCAGAGCCAGACGGUGCGGUCCGUCAACCUGCGGAAGAACCCCGCCAUCACCAAGGCGCUGAUCCACUGCCCGCGGCUGAACAAGCUGAGCAUCACGGACUGCCCGGCGCUGGAGACGUUGAUGCUGUGGACGGACGAGCUGACAGAGCUGGACCUCACAGGCUGCAACAACCUGUCGGUGGUAAAGCUGCAGUGCCCCAACCUGCUGGACUCCAAGAUCCCGCCGCUCAAGGUGGCCCCGCAGCACGUCAAGCCCAGCCACCCGCCCAUCGCCUCGCUGCUGAAGGAGAACCUGACGACGGCGGCGCACAAGGCGGCGGCAGACAAGGAGGCGCUGGCGGGCGUCAAGGACACCUCCGACUCCAUCAUCCCGCACGUGUUCAGGCCCUUCUAAUGCGGCUCACCUGGUUUCUGGCUGGUGGAUGCAUACAUGCACGGGGCCUGGAAUGCGGUUAGCACAGACGGCUGCACAUCUGGGGCGCGAGGUUUGAGAGGACACAGGGACGGUGGAUAGGCAGAAUGGCGGUUCUGGCGCAGCCCCGAACUGCUGGUACUCACGGCAUCCUUCAGCCGUUCAAGAGUCUAAGUGGUACUCGGGUAGCUGUGCGAGUGGAAUAUGGCAGUUGUACAGAGGGCCAACGCGGAAGCUGCCUUGCUGGGGUGGUGUGAGUGAGUCGUUAGCGCUAGUGCAGCAGCUGUACGACUGGUCUGUAGCGAGGUAGUUGCGCGGUUGGCCAGCUGAGAGGGUGCGAUGGGGGCUGCGGUGGACUGCGCGGGAGUUACUGGGUGCUGGCUGUUGGCAUAUCGCACGGCUGAGAGCUUUGGCAUUGCUUGCUGCACUGACCUCCACGGGUGCGACAUGCUCCCAUGGUGUAUUAGGGCCAUCCGUGGCUCUCAGCAAUGCGGCGUCCCCACACGCGAACAAUGUGUAAGGGGCAGGUUGGCGCAGUCCCGUGAUGCGCAGCGUAGUCCCUUGCCCCAUAUUCAUUUUGUGACGUGCGGCUGCUGGCGGCUGGCACAACGCCAGAAUAACUGCACCGAGUCAUCGCUGACUUGCUGGCGGGCUGGUAGCCCCUUGCCAUGUUCCAUCACGGUCCCGGCUGCCCUGAACCGCUCUGCGGUGCGGGGACGGCCGUGCCGGUGUUCCCGUGCUGGGCUUCUGGUUUCCAGUUUUACGGUAGGGACACAGGUCGGUGCUAAGUUUGGGGCUUGGCGCGCGUGUGGGCUUUUUCCUUGUCGGUUCGGCGCAGGUCGGGUUUUUGGGUUUGCGUUAGGGGCGCUGCUUUUCGGGAGUGUGCUGUCCCGCCGGCCGUGUGUGGGGCGUGCGGUGCGUGAUCGCCGGCUUCUCGGCCGUCUUGUGGGUUGUGUGUUCGCGUGUGAGUGCCUGUUUGCGGCGGGCGCGUGUUGGCUGCGUGGGCGGGCUCCUUGGCGGGCUUUUCGUCCUGGCUGUGUUUUGCCCUGUGUGUGUGCGCGUGUCCCCUCUCCGCGCUCCCGUGCCGCAGGGCUGAUGAUUUUAAGACGCCGCCUCCUGUC